GGAGAGUGGAGCAGAGACAUGCCAUUGGAGAAAAUUGAUUACAUCCCAAUCAAGAAUAACUUGUUAGCUUUAGUCAAUGUAUCAGCCUCUUGAUUAUUUUUCCCCUCUUUUCCUCCAUGGUCAAAGGAUGUUAAUUUUGUUGGGAGCAGUGUGAAUUCUCUUUGAGGACAGGAGGAAGGGAUUUUUUGUUUUUUUGUAACAGGCUGUAUACACACUGUAUCCAACAACACAGAAUCUUCAUGGACAAUAGUGUUGAAAAGUCAUCUUCGAAUCAGGCUGGUGGAAUCCUUAUCCCAAUCAUUGACACCUCCCUCUCACCACCCUCACUUUUUUUUUUUAAUUCAUUUUAACCUUGCAGAUUGUAUCUCGACUCUCGACUGUCUUUAAGAAGGCAGCAAAGGAGAAACCCUCUGUAGGAGCAGUUGGGGGAGAACUUUUUGGGGUUUUUUUUAAUUUGGCUUCUCUGCUAAAGGUAGGGUUCCAUAAUGACUUCCAAGGAAGAAGCAAAAGCCUCUUCUGUAGAGGAAAGAAGAAGAAAUGCCUUGGAUCAUUUGCCACCUCCUGCAAACUCCAACAAGCCCUUGACUCCUUUUAGCAUUGAGGACAUUCUGAGCAAGCCCUCAGUCAGGAGAAGUUACACUAUUUGUGGGACUGCUCACUUACUAACCUCAGCAGAGAAACCACCACCUACAGGGCUCCCACUGUCCAGCAGAACUCUGCUCUCCCAGACAUCACCCCUCUGUGCCCUGGAGGAACUGGCCAGCAAGACCUUCAAAGGACUGGAAGUCAGUGUCCUACAAGCUGCAGAAGGUAAGGUUUAGCUAGAUAUUUCUACUAACGUCAAAACAGAACAUUCGAAACAAACAAAUAAAAAGCCAAAUUUAGAACAAAAAAUGUAGUGUUUGUAAAAUAUCUUAUAAUUAUUGUUAUUGUUAUUAUUAGUUUAUUUCGGUGGAAAAUGUAUUCGAUUUUUAUUUAAAUCAUCAAUAAUGUUACUGUAACUGUAUUACACUUAAAGAAUAAAUUGUAUCAAAGUAUAAAUAGAAAAUAAACGCUAGAAUUACUAAAUAAAUGCCCUUCUAGCUUAUCUCCUUUCACAUUUUAUUUAUUUAUUUUAAACUUGAUGCACUUGUUUUAUUUUAUGUAUAUUAUUGAAUAAAUAUAGAACAAUUACUGUGAUGUAUUAACUGCAUAUUUUAAAUUGAAUUAAUACACAAUCAUGAAUGAAGUGAAAUUUGCAGAGAGAUAUUUUUUUCACGGUUAGUUUAUGUUUAAGAAAAUGAUAAUAUGGCAACAAUUUCUUUUUUACAUUUUUUUUUUCUGGAUUUAACUACAAUGUAAUUUUUAUUCUUGCAGGGCGAGAUGGAAUGACAAUUUUUGGUCAGCGACAGACUCCCAAAAAGAGGAGAAAGUCCAGAACAGCUUUUACAAAUCACCAGAUUUAUGAGCUGGAAAAGAGGUUUUUAUACCAGAAAUAUUUAUCACCUGCAGACAGAGACCAGAUCGCUCAGCAGUUGGGACUGACCAAUGCUCAGGUGAUCACCUGGUUCCAAAAUCGCAGAGCUAAACUCAAAAGGGACCUGGAGGAGAUGAAGGCAGAUGUAGAGUCAGCCAAAAAACUUAGCCCUUCCACAGUGGAGGCUGUUCUUACUAUCUCAGAACUGGAAGAGACUGAAUCUGUCACUAGUAGGGGAAAAAACAGGUCCAGAUCUCCAACCCUUUCUUUACCAGGUCACCUCCAAAUAUCCCCCUCAUCCCCCUUCACAGACCCCCAGACCAGUCAAGAAUGCUCAGAAGACGAGGAAGAUGUCGAAAUUGAUGUUGACGAUUAAUUCCUAUCUACAUUUAUUUUUAAAUAUAUAUUAUAAACACAUCACAGAAAAGAAAAAAGACUUGAUGAAUACAAUACAAGCACGGACAGUAAAUUAAAUGCUGCACUUGUUUUCAUAAUAAAAGAAAAAUUAUAAAGAAACAAAAGACAACAAAAUCAUAUUUAACAACAAAAUCAGUUUCUUUUCAAUUAAAGCAAUAAACAAUAUACGAAAAAAUAAAUAAAACAAAGACUAAAUUUGCCACAGCUGCCAAAUCAGGUAGUCUUUUUUUUUUCCCUUUAAUUAUUAUUUUUAAUUGUUAUAAUAUUUUUUCCUUCUUUUUUUUUUUUUUU